CUUGGCUUCUUCCAUAAGACUUGGCAGGCACCAAAAUCAAGCAACAUGUCCUGACCUUCGUUUAUAUCCUUGGACUGGUUCAUGCUUCAUGUAAAUUAUUGGGUUCUUGUUGGUGAGAAACCAUUGCUGUCGUUUUUCAAUUGCCUUGACACGGUAUCAUUCUUAGCAACAGAACACACGGUUAAUUGCCAAUGCUUUCCCAUCCGAGAAUUCGCAAUUGCUGCCAAAAAUAUCUAUUCUCCGCUUCCUCCGCAUGGAUGAUGCCAGUGACGGGUGUACUGCGGAACAUGUUCAAUAUAAACAAUCUGCAGCUUCCAGAUAGGAAACUCUACAAACAAUAUACACUCUGUAUAUCCUCAGUACGGUACCGUUAUAUAUCCCAUCACUCAAGUAUGGGAAGCUGUCAGAGAAAUCAUUUAUCAAUUUAUGAGAGAUAUCGUACUCAGUAUGAAGUCGCAAGUCGUGUUGUGUUGUCUCGCCAUAAGAAUUGAAUUGCAUCUCGCUGCAGGAAAUGAUCCACGUCGACUUACCGGCCGGCAAAAGUGACAUCAUACAUGUUCCACCACUCCACCAACCAAAAUCAAGGUCAAUAAGUAGGUACGUACCCAGAGAAGUAAAGAAAUGAAUGAAUGAAUAGAUCAUAGAGCCGACAUCUCAGAGGAUACAUCAAUUCAUGGUAGAAUAUACCAAUUGACCUUUUUACUUUCUAUUUUGCCUCUCUCUCUCUGCAUCAGCUCUCUCGAUAUACUUCAUUCAGAAUGGCAGGCCAUCGAAAUUGGACAAGCGGAAAUGAUAAUGGAUACAAGACCAAACAAACUACAUAUCUACGGAAAGACUUGGAGCAAGGAAGACCAUCAAAAGAUCGAAAAUACAGAUUUAGAGAUCAAGGACCUUUAGAACCAGAUGAUCGAAGACGUGUCGAGUUUAAGAAGAAAUUGUUAGAUGGUGUGGAAAGUUCGAAUUUGGAAGAUUUUCGCAAGAAGGAUAAUGAGGUAGCCUUAUCUUUUUAUUCUUUCCCAGAUGUACCAUUUUGACCCUUACUAAUUCCAUACCUUCACUAUACAGUUGAAAGAAAUGCCAAAAUGUAUCCGCAGUUUCUACGAAGAACAAAAUAAUCGUCUAGAUGAUUGGCUCGAAGUCAAUGCCAUUGUCCAAGCACUUGCAGAUGAUAUUCUCGAAUCCUUCGAUCCUAGAGAUGAUAAUGGAGAUGGAGUUGCAGAAGGAGGUGGUGCUUUACAAGAUACCCAAGGAUUCGUCGAACCCUUCUUACCAGAUGCCGAACAGGAGAAACGUCAAAAAGCUCGCAGGAGUGCUAAAUGGGCUAUCAAUAUUAAUGUUAUCGCCAAUAUUAUUCUCCUCGCCGCUAAAGGUGUCGCGGCUUUUUAUUCCUCGUCACUUUCUCUGGUAGCUUCUCUCGUUGAUUCAGCUCUCGAUCUUCUAUGUACGGUUAUAGUAUUUACGACAAAUCGAUUAGUAGAAUGGCGAUUAAUGAGUCUGAAACGGAAAUUCCCAGUGGGAAGAAAGAGAUUGGAACCUAUUGGAAUUUUGGUAUUUUCAAUUAUAAUGAUUAUUUCAUUCGUACAAAUUCUUCAAGAAUCGGCUCAGAAACUCAUGUCCAAGGGUCCACAUGAAGCAAAAGAAUUACCAAUUAUUGCAAUUGCUUCUAUGGCUGGUACAAUUGGUCUCAAGGGUCUCAUUUGGUUUGGAUGUAUUAAAAUAAAAACUACACAGGUACAAGCUUUGGCUCAAGGUAUGUAAUUUUCUGGAAUUUCGCUUUUCAACAACAACAUUAGAUAAUGAAUGAACUAACAUCCUAAAGACUGCAAAACCGACGUAAUCUUCAACACCCUCUCCCUCAUCUUCCCCUACGUCGGCAACGCCGCCAACAUCUGGUGGCUGGACCCCCUAGGCGCAGGACUCCUCUCCCUCUUCAUAAUCUACGACUGGACAUCCACCUGUCUCGAAAACAUAUUCCGACUAACCGGCGCCGCAGUAGAUGAUCGUUUACAACAAAAACUCACAUUCCUCGCAUGGCGCUUUAGUCCCCUCGUAAAUGGAUACAAAAGUAUCACGGCUUAUCAUGCAGGUGAUGGGGUAUGGGUUGAAGUGGAUAUACUUCUUAGUGAGGGGACGACGCUGGAGGAAGCGCAUGAUGUGGCGGAAACGUUGCAGUAUUGUUGUGAGGGGUUGCCGGAGGUCGAUAGGGCGUUUGUUACGUGUGAUUAUGCGGUUCAGGGGCCUACGGGUCAUGCGAUGGAGGGGCUUAAUUAGUGGGGUGGGGAUCAUAGGUUGUGAGGAUUGAUUGUAUGAGUUAUGAGUGAGGGGGAUGAGGUUUGGAAGGUAAUAGGUAGGGGCGAAAAGACUCCAAAGAAGGGUUUGUAUAAAUUGCAUAUUGGCGAAUUGGAAUUGGUCAAGAUGAAUGGAGACGGGUGGGGAUUUAUAAUUGGUGUAUGUAUAUACUACAUAACAAUUUGACUUUUAGGCGUAUGUAUUUGGAAUAGGCGCAAUAUACUGGACUUGGGUUGGACAUAGCAUAACAUAGUACAGCAGCAUAGCAUAACAUAGUAUAUAAAUCUAGUAACUUACAUUAAACUUAUAUAAAAAUAUCAAAAUCUAUAUCCACAAUCCUCUUUACUAUUCCUCCUUAUAAUUCCAAUUUGCAAACUAAGUUACAUCAUUCCUCAUCAUCCCCACAUAUACGUCCACAGUCCUUCCCCUCAAGUGCACCAGUCAUAAUCGUCAUUUAAGCGUGCGGUUUUGGCGAUAUAUAAGAAUAGGUUAAGGUUACCAUAUUCUUGCUUUUGAGCGAAAUAUUUUUCUUCGUUAAAGAUGUUGAUUUUGAUGUUGGUGUUGAGACAGACAAUAUCUAUUACUCUGCUAGUUAAUACUCUUUGUGUAUUUGUAUUUGUAUUUGAGAAUGCGGUUUGUGGAAGGAGAGGAUAGAGAGUUUCUUGGGAGAUUUCUAGAGGGUUUCUGGGAGAUUUCUGGGAAAGUUGGAUGUUGGAAGGAUGAGGUGGAAGAGAGAGAGGUGAGGUGGAAGAAUUGGGUG